AUGACGUCCACAUACUCUCUUCCCGCUGCGGCGAUUCCAUCCCAUCACCACCACUCAUCAGACCAUAUACACAGCCACUCGCGCUCGCAGGCAUCACUAGGCUCGCUACACGGGUCCCGCUCCCGCAAGACAUCCGAACCGGCUUCCAAUGGCAGCGCCAACAUGCUCCAUGAUCACAGCCAUUCCUGCGAGCACAACCAUUCCCAAUACCGAGCGAACUCGAAUCACCCGCUCGUGACUCGACCGAAUCUCCCGCCGCCGCUCGCCAAUGGGCACUGGAAGACGGACUCGACGGCGGGGGGCAAGCCAUUGAUAACACCCUCGAACGCCAGCUUUGAUGCUGCUGGGGCAUAUCAACCUCCGCCCGCAUCCGAUCCGCAGCGCGAUCGCUCCCUCGAGCGGUCAAGAUUCACGAGUCUCCUCCUUCCCUACACUUCGAGAUGGCCGUUGUUGCACGCGAUCGUGGCGGAGAAGGAUUCUCGUCGGAUAUUCUACUUCAUGACUCUCAACUUCUGCUUCAUGGGAGUCCAGGCCUUCUAUGGCUACGUGACCGACUCGCUCGGCCUCCUGAGCGAUAGCAUACACAUGUUUUUCGACUGCGUGGCCCUUGCCGUAGGGUUGUUCGCCGCCGUCGCGAGUAAAUGGCCGCCGAGCGAGAGGUUUCCGUACGGCUUCGGCAAGAUCGAGACUCUAAGCGGCUUUGCCAACGGCCUGUUCUUGGUGUUGAUCAGCGUUGAGAUCAUGUUCGAGGCGUUUGAGAGGAUAAUAGAGGGGAGGGAGACAAAGCGCUUGAUGGAGCUUUUCGUCGUUAGUACACUUGGCCUUCUGGUCAACCUGGUCGGCAUGUUCGCCUUCGGUCACCAUCACCAUGGCCACGACCACUCGAGCAGUUGCGGUGGGGGACACUCCCACUCCCACUCGCAUGACGAGCAUUCCCAUGGUCACUCGCAUGACCAUUCCCAUGAUAACUCCCACUCCCACUCCCACUCCCACGACGAGAAGCAUGGCCACUCCCACGGCCACUCGCAUGCACAUUCGCAUACAAACGAGAACAUGUACGGCAUUUACCUACACGUCUUGGCCGACACGCUCGGCAGCGGCGCGGUCAUUGUCUCGACAAUCCUCACUCGUCUAUGGGGGUGGGCCGGAUGGGACCCCUUGGCCUCAUUCCUGAUCGCCGUCCUCAUCUUGCUGUCCGCCAUCCCGUUGGUGAAGUCCUCGGCAAGAAGACUGUUGAUCACCAUACCAGACGACGUCGAGUACAGCCUCCGGGAGACCCUAUCCGGCAUAUCGGGGCUGAGAGGAGUGGCGGGUUACAGCGUCCCCAAGUUCUGGAUGGACGACCGCAACACCGGCCACGGGCCGCAGGGGAACAGGCUCGUCGGCGUUAUGCACGUCGUCGCCGUUAGAGGCGCGGAUAUGGACGAUGUUCGAGACCGCGUGCGGAACUACCUCCUCCAGAAGGACAUGGACGUCACGAUCCAAGUGGAGCGGGAAGGCGAUACCAGCUGCUGGUGUGGAGUUGGCCGCAGUCGCCUUUCGCAACAUAAAUCUGUCGGGAGCUCCAGUUUCUUCUAG